AUGCAUUUCGCCGUCAUCCUACUAGUAGUUGUAACAGCUGUGUACUGUCAAUUACCCGGUUGGACACCUUCCUUGGGAAUUGGACCGAUAAUCAACGUCUGUUCAGUCCAAGGAUCAACGACAUCAUGCAAUUGGAAGCAAUUUCUGAAAAGGACUCCGAACUCCCCGACAGGUGUUGACUUUCGGGAUCUAGUCGAGAAGGAUCCUCAAGUCUGGGAACGAGGCGAGAAGAAUAAUCAAGUCUAUCUUGAACCAGCUCCUUACAUGGUGUUAAUAUCUUAA